CUCUUAUUCUGUAAAGCCUUGUUCUAGAAAUGGUUGCUGCCAAGAAGCAAAAGAAGUCCGCCGAAGGCAUCAACACUCGCCUCGCCCUUGUCGUCAAGAGCGGCAAGUUCACCCUCGGCUACAAGUCGACCCUCAAGACUCUCCGUCAGGGCAAGUCCAAGCUCGUCAUCCUGUCGGGCAACACCCCCUCUAUCCGCAAGUCUGAGAUCGAGUACUACGCCAUGCUCUCCAAGACCUCGGUCCACCACUACUCUGGCAACAACAUCGACCUCGGCACUGCCUGCGGCAAGUAUUUCCGCGUCGGCACCAUGAGCAUCACCGACCCCGGCGAUUCGGACAUCAUCAAGUCCGGCGAGGGUGAGGAUGCUGAGCCCCAGGUUGCUGCCCCCGAGAAGGCCACCAAGAAGAAGCAGUAAAAAGCGUUUUUGCUGUUUUUGCCCUAGCCCUGAUCUUGCUAGGCAGAGCAACAAAAAACCCCCUGGCGGAAGUGCACUUGCUUCCGUGUUGUUACUGUUUUUUUCUGUUUGUGUUGUGUAUCGACUUUACUGGACCUUGUUGACUGUACAAUGCAAUUUCCAUUUCACACAUA